GCGCUCGAUAUAUAUCCUCUGCUUGUGUCGGGUUCUUUUGCUCUCGCCGCGCGGACGCACGAAAUUACUAACCUAUAAUGUCCCUUUGAGCAACUUUGCUCGACACACGAUGGUUCAUUGGAAAUCCUGUCUACCGACAUCCCUUCUGCUCCUCGCCCUCGCCUUCCCUGCCCCUUCUCACUCAAUAUGGCCCUUCCCACCGAAACGAUACACCGGAAAUGCACUGCUGGAGGCUGGGAAGAUGGGCGUGGAUGUCGACGGGAGGGUGAUUGCGUUCGGGGACUUUAAUGGGGAUCAGUUCCUCGAUAUACUCGCCCUCGGUUCGGACCAGCGGACGCUGUCCGUGUACCUCUGGAACCACGAGGACUACGUCUUUCGCCGCUCGGCGACCUUCACGCAUCCUCAGAGAGUGCAGAACGUCGUGCCGGGAGAUUACACGCAGAAUGGGCGGCUCGACCUGCUGGUCAUGAGCCACGGCCAGGGCAGCCGGCUGGACAUGUCUGUGUACAUGUCGUCUAUAGAAGGGGGAUUUGACACCGCCAGCCCGAUAGCCCUCCCCCCGUCCACCCUCCAGCAGCCCGUCCCGAUCGAUGCAAACGGGGACAUGAAGAUCGACCUGUUCGGCGUCGCGUCGGGGGGCAACGGCGCUUUCAAGGUGUGGCGGAACGUGUGGAACGCGUCGGAUCCGCGGAGCAGCAUGUUUGACGUUGUAGAUCCGCAGUUCGACGGCACACAGUGCCGGCUGGCCAACCCGCAUAGCAAUGCGGUCGUGGAUCUGAACGGAGACUGCCUAGCAGAUCUUUUUUUGGUUUGCGACGACGCCAAGUCGGGCGAUAAGUACUACCAGAUAUGGGUGAAUAACAAAGACGCUGGCUUUGCGUUGGAACGACUUGGCCGUCUGCCCUCAGGGGUGCAAGCCAUCUCCUUCGCUGACAUUGACCGCGACGGGACUAUAGACAUGAUCUUCCCCACCUGCUCCUACGUCUCGAGCAUCACGGGUGUAGGGACGGACUGCUACAUCAACAUUGCAUAUAACAAGCAGCUCCCCCUAUGUGCUUCUACUACAGACUCUGGUAUCAAAAACGGACGUAGGGUGUGUCGGCCCCCGGAAGAGCUGUGCACGCCCGACGUAGAUUUUAUGUAUGACCUUGACGAGAGGAGCGGUAACGACGCCUUUGUCCGUUUCCCCGUCUCCGCCCUCUUUCCCUCCGCGUCACUCCUCGUCCUAGACAAGACCUCCACACCCGCCCUCCCCCUCCCCCUCAGACUCGCCGACACAGAUCAAGACGGCUUCCCGGAUGUCCUCGCCGUCGUCGUCCCCCCGCCCGCCGGGCCGGCUGCUGCGCCGGACCGCACACCGAAGUUGGUGCUGAGCAUGCCGUGUGCGAAGGGCGUGGCUGGGUGCGACAAGGACGGGAAGGGACGGCGCGGGUUCAAGGUCGUGAGGAAGGGCGCGGAGACGCUGGAUAGUGUCAAGGACGCGAGGGGCGUCGCUGUUUUGGAUGUUGAUGAGGAUGGCACGCUGGAUAUUAUGGUCCAGAGGACUGGCGAACAGGGGCAGGGGAAUGUUUUCUUCGUGCAGAAUAACUUUUACUACGACGCAUUCUUUCUGAAGGCGAUCGUCUUGAACGGCGCUUGCAACAGCGGCUGGUGCACGACCCCGAAUGGCACCGCACGCUACCAUCCGUUUGGUGUAAGCUAUUCCGGCGCUACUUACAAGUAUACCGUACUCGACACGUCCGGACGUCGGUCUGCCGCACAAGUUGGCCAGCUCCCGCAAACGUCUUAUCAAGCUCUAAUGACGCCGUACUCGUACUUCGGUCUCGGGCGCACGAAUAAUUAUAUCGAGAACCUUUUCGUCGGUUCGACCAAGCACACCGCGCAACAUUACAUUAACAUGGAAGGCGUCAUCCCGAAUUCCAAGGUGGUGAUCAUCCCGCCACCGGAAGGGCAAGAUGUAUGGAAGAGGGAGUUAUACUUGAGACCCGGCGAAUGGAUACCUUGGGUUACUGUGACGGUUGUUGUGGCCACUAUCAUCCUCGGCGUGAUCGUACUUGCUUUGCAUUUGAACGAGAAAAGGGAGGACGAGCUGGAGCGGAGGAGAGCGUCGCAUCAUAUCAAUUUCGACGCCCUAUGAAAUCGGCAUAUAUAGGUUAUUCCGCUGGUCCCCGCGACCUGUAGUCCUUGCUGACAUAGGUACAGGACGCAGUAAUGCUGCAGGAGCUCUAUGUCGAUAUCAUAUAUUGAAGUUAUGGUUCGAGGCCAGACAGGGAACUCCAUUGGUAUGGAAGAGUCAUCCAUGUUUGUUCAAGGGGUGCGCCGUAUCUGAUUAAGCUUCCAUUCCACGGUCUUCGAACUUGUUCUUGAGUGCCACUUGUACGAGCAGUCCCAGUAAUAUGCACC